UAUGAAAUAAAUAAACUUUGAUAUAAUCUAUCUUGUUUUGAAAUGUUGACUAGCCAUAGAUACAACCAUAUUUAUAUUAAACUAUAAUGGGUAAAGGACAGACAAGUUAUGAUAUUGAAGUACAACAACGUAGAAUUAUGAAGAUGUAUGAACAUGAUGUUGUUGAAUUAGAGAAAGCAGUUAAAAUAUACCUAACCAAUAUUGAUCAAUUUUGUAGAACACUUGAAGAUUGGCUUAAACAAUUAUACAUAUGCAGUUCAUCAAGUCAACUACGAGUUAGAAAGGACCAGAUAAACUUUGAUCCUGAAAAAAACUCAAAGCAUAAUUAUCUCUCUAUAUGGCGACGCAUAAGUAAUCAGAAGCAGGAACCAUUAAAAACAAAGGGAAUAGUUAAUAAUAAGCUUGAACAAUCAGUACAUAUUGAACAGAAAUUCAACAAUAUUAUUCAAAGAGAACUAUUGAAAAUGCCUGCUGUACAAGAUAAACUCAAUACUAAAGUAUUAAAAUUUUUGAAUGAAAUUCAACAAUUUCAAGAAUCAAGUAAUUGUGUUUUAAUUGAUGCAUCAUUAUCUGAUGAAAUACGCCAAUCACAUAUAAUUACACCAAAAUAAAUUGGCGUUAAUUUUUAUCGUGAAAGAAUUUGAUUUCUCACUUCUUGAAAGUUCACUUAAUAAACACUAACUUAACAUUGUUUUGAUAAAUAAUAUAAAGAGGAAU